AUGGUUAUUGCCGGCGCCGGAGACAUGGCUAGUACUAGCACCAGCCAUAAUAAGAAGAAAAAAACACAAGGCCGAAAAAAAAUAGACGUAACAAAAAAAAUACAAAAUCCCGCCACUCGUCAGGUCACAUUCUCGAAACGUCGAAGCGGAUUAUUCAAAAAAGCCUCAGAGAUUUGCGUCAAGACAGGAGCUCAGAUGGCCAUAUUCGUAAUUUCACCCGGUGGUAGGCUUUACACGUACGGACAUCCUGACGUCGACAUUCUCCUAAAUCGAUAUCUUAACGUAAAUAAUAAUUAUGAUCAGUUAAUUAGUCCUCAAGAAGUUCAAAGGAUUAGUAGUGAAUAUAAUCGGCAUUAUGAGGCGGUUUUGAGGGAGUUGGAAGUGGAGAAGAAAAAAGAAGAGGUGAUUUCGAUGAUGAAGAAAAAAAGUGAUAAUAAUAGAAUGUGCUUUGAAAAAGAUGUGAAUGGGAUGAAUAAUGUGGGUGAAUUGGAAGAGUUUCUUUAUGCGAUUAUGGAGAUGAAGAAGAAAGUGGUGACAAAAGCUGAUGAAUUGAUGAUGGUUAACAAAACUCCAGCUGGACUCUUUGGUCCGAAUUCGGUUGCCAGUUUUAAGAAUUCUAGUUAUUGA